CACUGCUGUCUGCUGUAGUUAGUUAUACAGAGUAGAGCCUGCUUAGGUCGUGAUAUCGCAUCCAGAAGAUUGACCUGGGGACCUGGGGAGCACCUUCGGAUAGUGAUGAGUGGACGACUGGCAAUGAUUGGAUCGAGGCAACUGCUGUCACAGGCAUGCCGACGUCAACUGUCAAGCCUCGUCGUGGCUGAACACGACAACUCGCAUCUGCUCUCAAGCACCCUCAGUGCGGUGACUGCAGCGGCGCAGCUAAACGGAGACAUCACCAUGCUUGUCCUGGGCCAUGACUCCGAGGGCGUGGCGAAGCAGGCAGCGCACGUUGCUGGUGUUUCGAAGGUUCUGCAUGCUGACGAUCCAGCAUAUGGAACAUGGGUCGCGGAAAACGUGUCCAGGGCGGUGGCGACGGUGCAGGCAAAUGGGGCUUAUUCUCACAUCCUGGCUGUUUCCAGCAUGGCCGGAAAAAACUUCGUGGGUCGGUUAGGAGCCGAGCUUGACUGUGCCCCCGUGACGGAUAUCCUCAAAGUAGUCGAUGAGGAGACGUUUGUGCGACCGAUGUACGCCGGGAAUGCUGUUGCGACAGUACGUGCAGCGGGUGCUUUGAAAAUUCUGACGGUCCGACCCACCUCGUUCGAGAAAGCGGAGGCCACUGGAGGCACCGCAUCAGUAGAGAUAGCAGUGCCCCCUGAGAGUGGCGCCGACGCUGGUCUAGCGUCUUUCGUAUCUGAAUCCGUAAGUGGAGGGGACCGACCGGACCUUACAACGGCGAGGGUGGUUGUGGCUGGCGGCCGUGGAUUGAAGGACGGCGAGAACUUCAAAAUCCUGGAGAAGUUAGCAGACAAACUUGGAGGAGCAGUAGGAGCCUCAAGAGCGGCUGUUGAUGCUGGCUUUGUGGCAAACGAACUCCAGGUCGACCUUGCAGUACUUUGAUCCGGAGUACUCAUUCGCCAACAAUGCACAGACCCUCAAAAGUUGUAUUUUAUAUUGGAAGCGCUUGUGUCAACCUGCGAUCAUGAUUUCUCGAACAACUGUUGAUGCACACAUUUAGUGUGUAGACUGCACAAGAGGUAGGGUAGGCUUUGACUGCGACAUUUGCUCGAUCUCAUUUUAACAGGUGGGCCAAACAGGCAAGGUGGUGGCACCCGAACUGUACAUUGGGGUUGGUAUUUCUGGGGCAAUUCAGCACUUGUCGGGCAUGAAAGACAGCAAAUGCAUCGUGGCCAUCAACAAGGACAAGGAGGCCCCCAUAUUCCAGGCGGCUGACUACGGCUUGGUCGCUGAUCUUUUCGACGCCGUGCCCGAGCUAGAAUCGAAAGUUUAACUUCGGGGCGAAGAGAGUGGGAAAGUGCGUGGUUCCGGCGAUGUAAAGGUGGUCUUAACCUUUUGCCCGUUGGGAGCCAUGUCAUCAUUAUCAUACCCAGUCAGAACUGGUGUCCUACUCGCGAACUUUCCAAUGAACUUUGGGGAUGGUAAGCAGUGUAAAUACGGAGAUGUGUGGAUCGUGUGUUCGCGGGGUCGUAAUUGUCGAGGAGGGGUGCUAUUAGGCAUAGUUGCCGAAGGUCUGUUCAACAGCACUCGAGCGUAAGAGAGGUUAAUAAUUGACAGACGGCACGUUUUCGGCAUUGGAGAGGUUCCGAGUGGAUUCCCCGAGACUCUCCAUAGUAGAACUAGGUUCAAACAAGCUCCCUUGGUGCACCUGGACCCCCGUAAUUAUACGCCAGCGCUGGAAUUGAACAGUUUUUGGGUUGUGGUUGGAGGUAGACACGAAACCAAAGCCACU